AUGUCCUGGGCAUCCCGACGUCUGACUACGAGGCUGGAAGACGAAGCCUCCUGCCUCAUGGGGCUGUUCGAUGUGACCAUGCCUCUCCUCUACGGAGAAGGGUCCAAGGCCUUCAUCCGGCUGCAACAAGAGAUCAUUGACUCCUCGGAGGAUCAGUCUAUACUGGCCUGGGAACUCGUAGCACACGAGAGAAAUAAUAUGUGGACAAUGUUCACUGGUCUCCUGGCGCCAUCUGUGCGGUCUUUCGCUUCGUGCUCUGAUAUCGAGUCACAUCGCUCAGCUGAUAGUGUCAUUCUAAGGACUCAAGGCCGUGCGAGCGGUGACAUGCCUAUCGAGGUGUCGGCUACAAGACUCCGGAUCCGAGUGCCGUUCUUAGGGGUCGGAUACGUCCACCCGUAA